CACACCGCUUUGCCCCAACCAUCCCGCGCUUAUUCGAAGAAGAAACAGAAAAAAAAAACCCACCACUGCCACCACCACUGAACUCCACUCUCUCCUCCUAUUCGCUUCCUACAGUUCCUCCAGCUCCCCAAAAUGCCCCAGCCAAUCCUCCUCUCCGACGACGAAGAAGAAAAUGGGCUCUCAACCCCAGUCCAUAUCUCUUCCAAGAAACAACGCCGAUUCGAACCGGACAACCCUGCGGCUCUGGUCCUUCUCGACGACCCGACCCCGAAGAAACCGGGCCCCACCUCCACGCCCUCCUUCGUUCCCGAGACCCCUAUGUCCGCCUCAAGUUCGGUCGCAAUCGUCAAAUGCACAACGGGCUCAUCGCAUCCCCAAAUUAGGGUUUCAGAUUCUCAGAACAAGUUCUCCGGAAUUUGCGGAUUGAUAUGCUUGGAGUCUGACAAUGAGUCUGAAAGUGGUCCUGGAAGGGAAAAGUGGAAGGAGAAUGAAACGAUGGGCACCGAUUUUGACGCGUCGAGGGACUCGGAUUGGAGUUCUAGAAUUAACGAGUCCACGAGUUCUCUCGGGAAUGAUAAUAUAAUGCGAAUGUUCGGGGACAGCUCUUUGCAUUCGAACUCAUUGCGAGAUGAUGUUCAUCAGGUAUAUGAUCAUCUUGACAAAGAUAAUGUUAGUAUGGAGCAGAUCAAUGACAAUGUAAAUCAGAAAAGGAGAACUAAAGUUGAUGCUGAGAAGAAAAGUAUGAUGGACAGAGCUAUGGGAAGGAAGAAGAUGACGCAAGAGGAAAGGAUUCACUUAAUGGAAGAGAAGAAACUAAAGAAGGAACAAGAGAAGUUGCAAAAAGCAGCCCAGAAGGCUGAAGCUGCAGAGAUGAAAAAAUUGCAGAAAGAAAAGCAAAAGUGGGAGAAAGGGAAGUUUGCUCUAAAAUCCAUUGUGGCUGAAAUCGAUGCUAAAGUAAUUGAACUGGGGUCAGUUGGAGGACAUCUGCUUACAAGGUUCGCUGAAAAGGGGCUUACAUACCGUAUAACUUCGAAUCCAAUUGAAAGAUCAAUUGUGUGGACUAUGACUGUUCCAGAACAUAUCUCACAGAUUUCUUCUAAUGGAAUGGAGAUUCCAUACAUAUUGUUCGUAUAUGAAGCCGAAGAAUUCUGCAAUCUUGUCAUCAAUGAAUCUCUUCUCGAUCACGUUUCCAGUGUUCGAAGUCGUUACCCAAGUUACACAAUUUGCUGCCUCACCAGUAGGUUAAUGUCAUAUAUUAAUAAAAGGGAACAGGAAAAGUACAAGAAUCCGUCAAAUAAUAAUGGUUGGAGUCGUCCACCUGUUGAGGAGGUGAUGGCAAAAUUAACCACUCAUUUCAGUAAGGUUCAUUCCAGGCAAUGCAUGGAUGAAGCUGAACUAGCUGAACAUGUUGUUGGUUUGACCUCCAGCCUGGCAUCUUGCCAAUAUAGAAAGAAGUUGACGCGCCUAUCUGUAAAUGCUAAUGGGUCCGUGAUUCCUAAGGAUGCUGUUGACCGGAAUCUAAUUAAAAAGAACUUAUGGUUGAAAGCUUUGAUAUCAAUUCCAAAGGUUCAGCCACGAUUUGCUACUGCUAUUUGGAAGAAGUACCCCACCAUGAAAUCUCUUCUAAGUGUCUACAUGGACCCUAGUAAAUCAGUGCACGAAAAGGAAUUUCUCCUCAAGGACUUGACAACUGAAGGGCUGCUUGGUGAGGACAGAAGAUUAGGUGAGGUUUGUUCAAAGAGAGUGUACAGAAUACUUAUGGCACAAAGCGGAAGCAUCAAAACUGAUGAUGUUGAGAAUGGUGCUGAUUUCUUCAUAGGCCAAUCAUCUUAAAAUCUCUACAUUGUAUUGGUUGCCAAUCCUCUAUAAUUAUAUGUACAAAAGUUAGAGGUUUGUAUGUACCCCAUCAUCAUGUUCAUCAUUUGCAGUUUCUCUGAGAUAGUUGCAGAUGGAAUUCACUCUUGCAGGUGGUCCCUCAACCUCAUUAGAUAGGCUUGUUGACAAGCUGAUGUGAACCAAAUGCAUGACCAGUAUAUAUGAGUUGUUCUUUGACGUGGGUCAACUAAGGUUGACUUAGGCUACUAGUAGACCUUGCUACAUCAAUUUUGUGAGAUAUGGUAUGUAGUACUAGUCAUUUUAUUAACCGUGUAUAAUCAAUGUGCUUAGCAUAAACGAUCUUUAUGAUACAAUUUACAAGUAUCUGGGAUUUUUUUGGAA